AUGGCAAGAAUGGUCCUCAUGAAAACAAUAACAAUUGCUUUGGCUGUUUACAUUAUCUGCUUGUCUGAUUUCUUCCUCUCAUCUGAAGAUGACAUUGUUGAUAUACUCAUGGUAGCAUGUAUUGGUCCGAGUUCCUCAAAAGAAAUAACCAAUCCAUCUUCCAUGCUUGGAUUCAUGAAUAUUACAAGGUCCUUCAAUUGUUCACAAAUUGGAACUCAAAGAAGAAUAACAGAGAUAAAAGUAUCUUUAAAUCAUUCCAUCAAUGAAAAGAAUAUGAGAAAAACUGUGUGCCAAAAUACAACUCCGUAUUUUGUAGCCAUGGGCUGGUUUAUAUGUGAAACUCACACAAAAGAAGAUCACAUUACGAAACUGAAAUCAUUUUCUCAAGUAUCAAAAAUCAUGGUAUCUAUAACAGACAGAAGCACUGGGACCAAUGGACGGAGGCUACAAAUGUUUCCCUUCCCUCGUAGAAUUAAUGCUAAUUGGAGCUACAGUUCAGCAAACGGAAUGAAAACAACUAAUUGUUACAUGGACGUACAAUUCUAUAAGUCAGCUGCAGGAAAUCUGAUAGAUCAGAGCAGUGGUCCAUGCAUUACGAAGAACUGCAGCAAUGCAGUAAAUAAGGAUAUUGUGCAUGAUCUAUGUUACAAAAACACAACUAAUUAUUUCACAAUGUUCAAUCAAGAUAUGAACACAAGGCUGGCAGAGCCUUUGCCAGAGAACAUUCACGUUGUCUGGAACAUCCAUUCCCCUGACAAAAUGCAGAGUACAAAGUGCUUUACACACAUCAAACUUCAGAAGUCUGCUACUGAGUAUCAAGGUUAG